GUAGGGGUCAAUAUCAUAACCGUAAUUGGCGGGUCGUACAAAACGAAGAAGAUAAAACAAAGAGCAUUCAUGGGGACGUUGGCUAUAAUGUGAAAGUUAAGACAAGCAAAAGAAUGGAAGUGAACAAUUUAUGAAACAAACAACAGGGAAAGUUCCAUUUUUUCGAUUAAAACGCUAUCAAACGGAUUACUCAACAUUAAAAGGGCUUGUUUCAGCUUUGUAAUUGCCUCCUCCCACUAUAAUAGUGGAACUUUUUUUUUUGUCAAACUUUGCCUUUAUACUAUGUACAUUCCUUAUAAACUAGAAAAAUUGAACACAGGAAUUAUAUCGCAAAAAGUAUAGGACAAGAUUUUAUUGUAGUCCAAUAUUAUGAGGCACGUCAAUGGUCAUCAAGUUGAUUCAACGAUCGAUAUAGGGACUAAGCCAGUAAAUUUCGCAGGUGGGCUAGAAUUCUCUGGCCUGACAUACACCGUGAUGAAACAGAUAAAAGAUACAGAUGGCAGAUGGAUGAAUCAAGAAGUGGACUUGUUGCACCAGAUAACUGGCUAUGCACCAAAAGGUUGUGUAACUGCAGUUAUGGGACCAAGUGGUGCUGGAAAAUCAACAUUCUUAGAUGGUUUAGCUGGUAGAAUUUUGAGUCUUCGAGGCAGAGUUUCUGUUGAUGGAAUGGAAAUGACACCAAGUUUUGUUAAGAGAACCUCUUCUUAUAUCAUGCAAGAUGAUAGGCUUUUCCCAAUGCUAACUGUUUAUGAGACAUUGUUGUUUGCUGCUGAUCUUAGACUCGGGCCAAUUCCAAUGACCGAUAAAAGAAAGCGCGUUGAGAAGCUAAUCGAGCAACUUGGUUUAUCUUCGGCUAGGAAUACUUACAUAGGUGAUGAAGGGACCCGAGGAGUAUCUGGUGGUGAACGUCGUAGGGUGUCAAUAGGAGUGGACAUCAUGCAUGGACCAUCAUUGUUGUUCUUGGAUGAGCCUACUUCAGGUCUUGAUUCCACUAGUGCUCAUAGUGUGAUUGACAAGGUGCAUGCCAUCGCCCGAGCUGGUAGCACUGUAAUCCUAAUAAUUCAUCAACCUUCAUCUCGGAUCCAAUUGCUUCUUGACCAUCUCAUUAUUUUAGCUCGCGGACAGCUCAUGUAUCAAGGAUCUCCGAUUGAUGUUGUUGAACAUCUUGGUAGAAUGGGGAGAAAAGUACCAAAGGGAGAAAGUUCAAUAGAGUAUUUGAUUGAUGUGAUUCAAGAAUAUGAUCAAUCUGAGCUUGGAGUUGAAGCAUUAGCUGCAUUUGCACUUACUGGAAUGAAACCUCCAACACUUGGUGAAAAUGAGAUGUCAAUUGUCCCUCUAUCACCAUCACACGCGUCUAACAGAUGCCUUCAUUUGCAAACAAAUGCGAAAAAGGACCAAGAUUUUGAUCAUAGUCUGAGAAGUCCCUGGAAUUCAUCUAAGUCUUGGAGCGCUAGCCACAGUGGAGUUCUUCAAACACUAGGUUUUUCACCUGCUAGACAACGUGUGGAUCAUAGAAACCAAAUUCCGAUAAGGUAAAACAUUCAUUUCUAUAUAUGUCAAGGCAUGAGCUGUUCAAAUUCUUAGAUCAGGAUGUUAAAGUGUUCUACAUUGGCUGAGGGAACAGAUUGUUAUCUCUUUAUCUAGUCUCGGACAAUUCUCACCAGAUGAGAAGUUUUGAAGUUGAGUUAGACCUAAUGUCAAUUUUAUUAACAUGGUAUCAGAGUCAGACCCAUCCCUAUUAUUGGCCAA